AUUUAUAUUUAUUUGCAGCAGAGCACCCAAAUAUCAUAUUUUAAUUAUUAUUAUUGCAGAGCACAUGUAUUUCUGAUUCAUCCACCCUUUUUGUUUUAUUUUACUUUUUUUUUUUCUUAAAAGGAAAAAAGAAAAAAAAAAAUAUUUGCAUGUGGAGGUAUAUAUGAGAUUGUGACCAAUAUUUUCUUGCUGCUCAAGGUUUUGUCUAUAGAAAAAUAAUAAAGGGUGCCUUUUGAGUGUAAAAGCAUACUGUUUACUCCUCAUAUAUUGGGGGAUUCAUCUUCUUGUUUAAACUCUUGAAGGUAAUCCUUGGAGUAACUGAUAAAGUUGCUACCAUGUGACCAGGAGGUCACGGGUUCAAGCAUUGGAAACAGCCUCUGGCAGAAAUGCAAGUGUCAUUCUUAAAUAUUGCAUACCAUCUAAAGUCCAAACAGUACUUGCCUUCAUAAAAAAUUUCAAGAGUGUCAGCUUUGGUAAAGGGGUACUUUGAACAUGGCAUUGGUAAGGGCUGCAAGGAGCAGCUUAAGGCGUUCCGGAGGUGUAAUUGGCAACUAUGCAAGUGAGAGAGAUGUAUUCUGUGAAGGCAUUUCAUCAUUGAGACAUCCCACGCCAAUUUUUGAAAAUGCUGUAAAAGGUUUCAAUUCAUCAUACAUUCCAAACAUGCAGAUGAUAAACCACUUGAAUUUUGGGAACAGAGGAAUGAAGUUUACCCCUCAAUAUCAGUUUCCACAUGCACCAGCUCACACGGUUGAGGGUUCUGAUUCAAAACAUGAAAGAUCCAGUUAUGCAAGCCUUGAAGCAACAAAACAGGGCGAAAAGCCUAGAGUAGUUGUUCUUGGCACUGGUUGGGCUGCUUGCAGGUUCCUCAAAGGACUAGACACUAACAUGUAUGAUGUUGUUUGUAUAGCACCAAGAAAUCAUAUGGUCUUUACACCUUUGCUUGCAUCUACUUGUGUUGGAACAUUGGAAUUCCGUUCGGUUGCUGAACCAGUUAGCCAGAUACAGAAAGCACUGGCAAAGGAUCCAAAUUCAUAUUUCUUCCUAGCAUCCUGCACCGGUGUUGACGCUGAUAAACAUGAAGUGUACUGUGAAACGGUUAGAGAUGGUAGAGCCUUUCGUGAGCCUUACAGAUUUAAGGUUGCAUAUGACAAGCUUGUCAUUGCUUCUGGAGCCGAACCUUUGACCUUUGGCAUAAAGGGGGUGCAUGAACAUGCCUUCUUUCUCCGUGAAGUACAGCAUGCCCAAGAAAUCAGGAAGAAGCUUCUUAUGAACUUGAUGCUCUCAGAAACUCCAGGCAUUUCAGAAGAAGAGAAAGAGCGCUUGCUGCACUGUGUUGUGAUUGGAGGUGGCCCUACAGGGGUUGAAUUCAGUGGGGAACUAAGUGAUUUCAUCAUGAGAGAUGUACGCGAACGUUAUGCUCAUGUAAAAAACUACAUUCAUGUAACCCUCAUUGAGGCUAAUGAGAUUUUGUCUUCAUUUGAUGUUGGAUUGCGGGAAUAUGCGACAAAGCAUUUGACCAAGGUUGGUGUCCGCCUUGUUCAAGGUGUUGUUAAAGAAGUACAUCCGGAUAAAAUAGUUCUCAGUGAUGGAAGCGAUGUUCCAUAUGGCCUUCUUGUUUGGUCUACUGGAGUUGGUCCUUCUGAAUUUGUUAAAUCACUAGAUUUUCCCAAAUCUCCUGGUGGAAGGAUUGGAAUCGAUGAAUGGUUGCGAGUUCCUUCUGUAGAAGAUGUGUUUGCAAUAGGAGAUUGUUCUGGUUAUCUUGAACAGACUGGUAAGCCGGUGCUUUCGGCUCUUGCUCAGGUUGCUGAAAGGCAAGGGAAGUAUCUUGUUCAAUUGUUCACCAACAUUGGGAAACAGAAUGGAGGCAAGGCUCUCUCUGCCAAAGACAUCUCUCUAGGAGAUCCAUUUGCUUACAGGCAUCUUGGAAGCAUGGCUACAGUGGGACGAUACAAGGCUCUUGUUGAUCUCCGCCAAUCUAAGAAUGACAAGGGCGUCUCAAUAGCAGGCUUCACGAGCUGGUUUAUUUGGCGCUCUGCAUAUCUGACUCGAGUUAUCAGCUGGAGGAACAGGUUCUAUGUGGCUAUGAACUGGGGCACAACAUUGAUCUUUGGCAGAGACAAUACUAAGAUAGGAUAAAGUAGCAUCUACUAGUAGGAUUUUCAUGUUUCUGAUCCAUUUUUUGAACACACAAUAACUUCUUAUCUUAGGUGUAUGUAAAACUUACUUAUCAUUUGGUGUAUGCAAUGAGAUAUUGAAUUACUAAUCCUUCGUAUAACAAUAUUUUCAAGCAA